AUGGCUCGACUAUCCCUGAACGACGACGACAAAGAGGUCCGCUUAUGGCUCACGGAGCAGGCCAAGGCCAUCGGCUGCACCGUCACGGUUGAUCAGAUGGGCAACAUGUUUGCCGUAAGGCCAGGCAAGGUCAGCAAUGUGCCCCCCGUCAUCAUGGGAUCGCAUCUCGAUACACAGCCUACCGGUGGGAGAUAUGACGGCAUCCUGGGUGUUACGGCUGGUCUCGAGGUUCUCCGCACGCUCCAUGAGAACGGAUAUGAGACCCAGGGUCCCCUGGGUCUUGUAAACUGGACGAAUGAGGAAGGGGCGCGUUUCCCAAUUACAACAGUGGCAUCAGCCGUGUGGGCAGAGACUCUAUCGCUCGACGCAGGUUGGAGCUGUAAGGAGGUUUCGUCUCUCGCCGCAGGCCCGACCCCGAAAACACUCAAGGAAGAGCUAGAGCGCAUCGGAUUUCUCGGCGACGUCCCAGCCUCUUAUCGGUCCCAGCCUAUUGCCGCCCACUUUGAACUUCACAUCGAGCAGGGGCCCAUACUCGAAGAAAAUGAGGAGAAGAUUGGCGUUGUCACCGGCGCCCAGGCAUAUAGCUGGUACGAGAUCGAGGUUGUUGGCCGGGACAGCCAUGCCGGUACUACCCCGCUAGCGGUGAGGAAAGACGCCCUUCUGGCUGCAGCCAAGAUGAUUGUCGAGUCCAACGAAGUGGCUCGCAACGCCGGCGGUCUCAUCACCACGGGCAUCAUCGACGCCUACCCGGGAAGUAUCAACACGCUUCCUAAGAAGGUCAGGUUCACCCUCGACGCCCGCCACCCGAGCGAUGAGAAACUGGCUGGGAUGAUCGCCAAGUGCCGCGAACUAUUCGACGACAUUGCCAAGAACGGCAGCGCCAAGGGAGUGGACGUUGAAUGGACGAUGUUGACUGAAAACACAGCCAAGCAUUUCCACAAGGACUGCAUUGCUGCUGUUGAGGAGGCGGCCGUUGAGACGACUGCGCCGCUCAGUGGGAAGGAUGGCCGCAAGCUUUGGAGGUACAUGACUAGCGGUGCUGGCCAUGAUAGCUGCAACACCAGCAAGAGGUGUCCUACCGCCAUGAUUUUCACCACGACAAGAAAUGGAAUGAGCCAUACUCCGGACGAGUACUGCAGUCCGGAGGACUGCGUCCUCGGUGCACAGGUCCUUCUUGGUGCUGUUAUGAGAUACGAUGCUUCUAGGAAGCUCUAG